UGCACCUUCGGCUCCAUCUACCUGCGCGAAUGUGACCUGUAACCCGCUCCAAAUGGCGACUAAGCUGCUGGGAGUGCUACUUUGGACAUAGCUAAAGGCCAUAGCUCCCAAAUUUAUUCGCCUCUUCGGCUUACGGGAUGGACGGUUUCUCAACGGUCAACCAGCCUAGAGCGUCGGUGGCAGACAAACACGCAACGCAAGGAAAAUCGCUUCCUUCGGCCUCCGGGUAUAUAUUAAUAGAGACGAGUCCGCUUUUCACGAAGCUUACGAAAAACAUUACGAAAAGUACGGCCACAAUGCAGACCAUCACCGCCAUCUCUCUCGCUGCGGCGGCACUGGUCGCCUCCGUAACCGCCCAGCAAGUGUACACCAUCAACCCCAACUCGGUAGCAAACACCACCCGUCAAGCUUGGUGCACAUCUCAGCUAUCUCAAUGCCCGAUCAUCUGCUCCCAAACCUCGGCCAACAGCGCCGCCACCCUCGCCAACACCUGCGAUUGGAUGUCUCUCACCUACGCCUGCGUGUGUGCCAACGGUCUUAGCCCGAACGUGAGCGAGUACACGCAGACAAUGCCCUACUUCGUCUGCACGGAGUGGGGCAACCAAUGUUCGAGCAACUGCGGCUCCAACAACCAGUGCGCUUCGGACUGCCGGUCACAGCACCCGUGUGGUGCCCAGAACCCUACAAGAGUCAAUACCAGCACCAUCAGCACCAGCACUACGAUGAGUGGGUCGGCGGCAAGGAGCUUGGGUGGAUCGUCAGCGACGACAACUGGAGGGCAGAGCGGGACUGUGUACACUGGUUUGGUGGGCGCGAGUAGCACUGCCAGCAGUGGUGGCUCCGCCGCCGCUGCUGCUUCCGCCUCGCAGCGGGCUGGUGCGGAGAGUAUUCACGCUACGGCGCUGAACGUGGGCCGGACAUUCGGUCUGCUCGGCGUUGCUGGUGUGAUUGCUGGUGGCUUUGCCGUAUUUUUGUAAGCCUUCUGGCUUUUUGCAUGCUUGCUUACUCCUUUGCAUAGCGAUGAGGCUGUUGUUUUCUAGCGACUUGGGUUGAUGCGAUGGGUAAUAGCAGGCAUGGAGCUACGGUGGAGCAAAAGUCGUUCAGCAAGAAGCCAUCUACGGCCGCAUGAUCUUCGAACGCUGUGCCUCCUUACUGUAAGACCGUCAAUCGAAACAUAAUUGAGGUUCACUUUGUAUGCUGUGAGCCUGCAAUUACUGGAACAGACCCUGCUGUUAUGAUCGACCGCGCAUAUGCCGAAUCAUGUACAUCGUUACCACGACCUUGGCAGCAACAUCCGGAUCUUCAUGCAUUCAAG